AUGCUGUCAGAGAUUGAUGGUGUCCGCGUGGCCGUCGUUGGCUGUGCCCAUGGCGGCUUUGAUGAAAUAUACACCCUGCUGAAAGCCAGAGCAGAGGCCAAGGGCUGGGAGACCAUCGAUCUGGUGAUCAUUGGUGGCGAUUUCCAGGCCCUCCGGAACGCCAAUGAUGCCGCAUGCAUCUCCGUACCUGCCAAGUGGAAGUCCAUGGGCGACUUCUACAAGUACUACAGUGGCGAGGCGGUCGCCCCGUACCUCACCAUCUUUUGUGGGGGCAACCACGAGGCAAGCAACUACAUGUUCGAGCUGUACUACGGUGGGUGGGCAGCUCCGAACAUCUACUAUCUUGGUGCCGCCAACGUUGUCCGCUUUGGUCCGCUGAGAAUUUCCGCUAUGUCGGGUAUCUGGAAGGGGUAUGAUUUCCGCAAACCUCAUUUCGAAAGACUCCCGUACAAUUCGGAUGAUUUGCACAGCGUGUACCACAUUCGGGAGCUGGAUGUUCGCAAGCUACUGCAGGUCCGAACUCAAGUCGACAUUGGCCUUUCUCAUGACUGGCCACGGGGCAUCGAGUAUUCCGGCGACCAUCAAGAACUGUUCCGGAAGAAGCGUGGCUUCAGGGAGGACUCUGAACACGGUCGCCUCGGUAAUGCAGCGGCUCGUGAUGUUCUGGAUCGUCUUCGCCCGGCAUACUGGUUCUCCGCUCACCUCCAUGUCAAGUUCGCUGCUGCCGUAGCUCAUGAUGGUGCUAGCCUUGCGAAGAUACCCUUCCCUGCUGAUCAGCCUUCUGUCUGGGCUGUUGAGGCUCAUGUCCCCGCUGUCUCUCCCAAGGCCGCCUCCAAAACCAUGGCCCCGUCUUCAGUCAAAUCCCCCUCACCUUCCCCUGUUGCCGCUUCAUCUGAUCACGCCACUUCAAACCUGGAGCCGACUCCAAUGGUAAUUGACACAUUGCGCCCAGCUUCCGCUACCGCUCAGGAAAACCUGCAAGUUGGGAACGACUCCGCCGAAGGUGGCUCCGUAGAGGCUGAGCAGCAAGAGUGUCGUAUUAUGGAGCAGGACUCCAUUGAGACGGCUCAGCUGCAUAAGGAACGCGAGGCAGAAUCUAAGGAGCGAUCAAACGAAGUCACUAUCGAUCCGUUCACUUCUGGUAUAAACCAGGAUGAGAUCGACUUGGAUUUAAGCAGCGAAUCCGACGAGUCUGGUUCUGGAAACCCGUCUCCUACCAAAGCACCGAAGAUCAAUAUUCCUGCUUCCGACGGAUCCAAGCAUAACGCCACUGCCUCCGAAGAGCCUCUGGUAGACCGCGCAGUCACUGAAGGCCUACGUAGCAAGCUCCCCGCCAGCUUUGCCCGCCCUGUUACUUCCACGGUCGAGCCGAUCCAAAAGAAGCUCGUCCCAGCCGACAUCACCAACAAGCUCACUCGAUUCCUCGCGCUGGACAAGCCGCAUAACAGGGAUGACUUUUUGCAUCUCGUGAAGAUCAAUCCCAUCAAAUCGACCGGUGCUCAGGCUUCCCCCGCAAGCUUCCGUCUGGAGUACGAUAAGGAAUGGUUGGCGAUUACCCGAGUAUUUGCGAAUGAUCUCGUUUUAGGUGAUGCAACUGCUCAGGUCCCAGCCAACAAGGGCGAGGAAUACUACCGUGCACGUAUCAUCGAAGAGGAAGAGUGGGUUGAGGAGCAUCUUGUCAAGGAAAAGCGGAUGCUGGUUCCCUACAACUUCCAACCAACCGCCCCUAACUUUGACCCUGAAGUCCCCCUGACCACUUCGGAGCAGCCAAAGGAGUAUACAAACUCCCAGACUGCUGAGUUCUGCAAACUGCUGGACAUUCCCAACAAAUUUGAGCUUACUGAAAGCGAGCAAGAGGCUCGGAUGAACGCUGGACCUCGUCCCACGGUUUCUGGACAUGGUGGCCGUGGCCGUGGUGGGCGUGGUCGUGGAAGUUUUCGGGGUGGUGGCGGCCGCCGAGGCCCUGGCCGUGGCAUGGGACGUGGUGGUGCCAGAGGUGGUGGUUUUCACUCUUCCUGGUGA